AUGCCCAGUUUCAUCAAGUCUCCAGAUGACCAGACGGGCAUUUCUGGGGGUGUGGCCUCCUUCGUGUGCCAGGCAGUGGGCGAACCGAAACCGCGCAUUACCUGGAUGAAGAAAGGCAAGAAAGUCAGCUCUCAGCGAUUUGAGGUGAUUGAGUUUGACGACGGUUCGGGAUCAGUGCUGCGGAUCCAGCCCCUGCGGACGCACCGAGACGAGGCCAUCUACGAAUGUACCGCGACCAACAGCGUGGGAGAGAUCAACACCAGCGCUAAGCUAACCGUCCUGGAAGAGGACCAGCUUCCACAUGGGUUCCCCAGUAUAGACAUGGGUCCACAGCUGAAGGUGGUGGAACGGACCCGAACAGCGACCAUGCUUUGCGCCGCCAGUGGGAACCCCGACCCAGAAAUCUUCUGGUUCAAAGACUUUCUGCCCGUUGACAUCAACAGCAGCAAUGGCCGCAUUAAACAGCUACGAUCAGAGAGCUCCGGUGGUACACCAAUCAGAGGUGCACUGCAGAUAGAGAACAGCGAGGAAUCGGAUCAGGGGAAGUACGAGUGUGUGGCGGUGAAUAGCGCGGGCACACGCUACUCCGCACCAGCAAACCUCUACGUGCGAGACCAGCGGGAAGUCCGGCGUGUUCCACCUCGCUUCUCCAUUCCCCCAACCAAUCAGGAGGUGAUGCCAGGAGGCAGUGUUAACCUCACCUGCGUGGCAGUAGGUGCACCAAUGCCUUAUGUAAAGUGGAUGGCAGGUGACGUAGAGCUUACCAAGGAGGAGGAGAUGCCCAUUGGCCGAAACGUGCUGGAGCUCACCAACAUCCGCCAGUCAGCAAAUUACACCUGCGUGGCCAUGUCUUCACUUGGCAUGAUUGAGACCACUGCUCAGAUCUCUGUCAAAGCCCUACCUCGGCCUCCCACUUCUCUCAUUGUCACCGAGACAACCGCCACCAGUGUCACUCUCACGUGGGACUCAGGGAACCCUGAACCCGUGUCUUACUACGUCAUCCAGUACCGGUCCAAAGUCAGCGAGAACGGUUUUCAGGAGGUCGACGGAGUGGCUUCUACACGCUACAGUAUCGGCGGGCUGAGUCCCUACUCAGAAUAUGAGUUCAGGGUCAUAGCCGUAAACAACAUCGGACGCGGGCCUUCCAGCAGCACCGUAGUGACCCGAACGAGUGAACAGGCGCCCUCUUCGCCGCCUCUGCAGGUCCAGGCCCGGAUGCUAAGUGCCACCACCAUGCUGGUCCAGUGGGAACCGCCGGAGGAGCCCAAUGGGCAGAUCAGAGGGUACCGUGUCUACUACAGCCCCAAUUUGGAAGCUCCCCUCAGCACGUGGAGUAAACACAAUACGGACGACAGCAGGCUGACCACCAUCUCCGGACUGGUGCCAGAUAUAACCUACAGCCUACGUGUGCUGGGCUUUACUUCAGUGGGUGAUGGACCACCUUCUGACGUGCUGCAGGUCAAGACCCAGCAAGGAGUCCCUGCCCAGCCCACCAGCUUUGAGGCAGAAGCUGAGCUGGAUACGAGGAUAAUGCUGACCUGGCUGUGGCCCGUUCAAGACCAGAUCACCAAAUAUGAACUCACCUACUGGGAGGUCGAGACUGGCCAGGAGCACCAUGUCUCUUUUAACCCUGCCGGUUCCUAUGCUGUUGAGGGCCUGAAGCCAGACACACUCUACAGGUUUUCCUUGGCUGCUCGUUCAGAGAUGGGUCUUGGUGUCUACACUCAACCCAUUGAAGCCAGGACUGCCCAGUCCACCCCCUCCGCCCCCCCACAGAAAGUGCAACUGCUCAGCCUCACCUCCACCACCAUCAAGGUGAGUUGGGUGGCGCCACCCGCCAGCAGUCGUCAUGGCAACAUCGUGUCCUACACCGUGGCCUACCAGGCCGUGGCAGGAGAGGACUUACAACGACAUGAAAUCAGCAGUAUUGGUGCUGACCAGUCCAGCUUAGUUCUGGAGGGUCUGGAGAAGUGGACUGAGUACCAGGUGUGGGUGAGGGCUCACACGGAUGUGGGGCCCGGCCCAGAGAGCAGCGCGAGACGGAUCAGAACCAAAGAGGACGUGCCGGGUGCCCCUCCAAGGAAGGUGGAGGCAGAGGCGGUGAACUCCACCGCCCUGCGGGUGUCAUGGAAACCUCCACUGGCAGUGAAGCAACACGGUCAGGUCCGCGGAUACCAGGUGGUGUACUCACGACUGGAGAACGGCGAACCCCGAGGACAGCCCGUUAUUUUGGAUGUAGCUCUACCUGAGGCCCAGUGGGAGUCUGAGGAGGCAGCGGACUAUGAGGCCAUUAUAACGGGGCUACAGGCUGAGACCACGUAUUCUGUCACUGUAGCAGCUUACACCACCAAAGGAGAUGGAGCUCGAAGCAAAGCCAAAGUAGUGACCACCACAGGAGCAGUCCCAGGCAAGCCCACUAUGAUCAUCAGCAUCACCAUGAGCAACACAGCUCUCAUACAAUGGCAACCGCCCAAAGAGAUGGUGGGAGAGCUUAUCGGUUUCCGACUACAGUACAAACGUGAGGAGGAGGAAUCGUUCACCACCCGUGACUUUAAGAAGACCGACGGCCACUUCACCGUCACUGGGCUGCACAAGGGCGCCACCUACGUCUUCAAACUCUGCGCCAAGAACCGUGCAGGCCAUGGGGAGCAAUACGUCAAAGAGAUCACCACUCCGGAUGACGUGCCCAGCAGCUACCCGCAAAAUCUUAGCGUGGUUGGUUUAACGACCACCACCACAAAACUGGCCUGGGAACCUCCGCCGUUGGCAGAGAGAAACGGGAAGAUAGUGCGAUACGAGGUGGUGUACAGAGACAUUAACAGUCAGCAGAAUCAAACCAACAGCACGACCGACACCGAGAUGACGAUUCAAGGCCUAAAACCAGACACGACCUAUGACAUCCGAAUCAGAGCGUUCAGCAGUAAAGGAGGUGGCCCUCUUAGCCCCAGCAUUCAGAGCAGAACUAUGUCUACCUCUAUGCCUGAGUUCACCAAAAACUUUGGUGUGAAAGCUGUGAUGAAAACGUCCGUCCUGCUCACAUGGGAAGUGCCGGAAACCUACAAGUCUCACGUGCCUUUUAAGAUCCUGUACAACCAGCAAAGUGUGGUGGUCCCAGGGGAUUUGAAGAGGAAGCUGAUUACUGGUCUGCAGCCAGAUACGGACUACUCCUUCGUUCUGAUGAGUCGCGGAAACAGCGCUGGCGGACUCCAGCAACAGGUUUCUAUCCGGACCGCUCCGGACCUCCUUACAACUAAGCCAGCGCAACACAGCCAUGACCCAGAGGAGGGAGGCAAACUCACCAUUGCCCUGCCCAAGCUCAAGACAACUUCAGCAAUCAGAUGGUACUACAUAGUUGUGGUUCCUCUGACUCCAGCUACACGGCAGCGCUGGGGAAGCCCAGAAGACAUGGACCUGGAUGAGCUGCUUGAAUCCAGUGCAGAGGUGAACAUGAGGAAGAGGAGAAGGAGGGAACUUCAGGCCUACCCAAAGCCAUACAUCGCAGCCAAGCUGGACUCUUUACCUGAAACAUUCACCCUGGGAGAUGAACGCACCUACAAUGGCUUCUACAACAAACCCCUGCCCGGAGAACAACAAUACAUCACUUUUAUCCUGGCAGCUCUGAAGGACCAUGACUCAUCUGGCGCUAAUAGAGUGAAAAAGACAUUUGUGGCGAGUCCAUAUUCAGACCCAAUGACAGUGAAACUGCACAGUGGGAUGUCCAGGCAUCCAGAGGACCCAGAGAUGCUCUGGGUGAUGGGGCCCGUCCUUGCUGUCAUCCUCAUCAUCAUCACAGUCAUUGCUAUCCUGCUAUUUAAGAGGAAACGCACAUCUCCUUCAGUGAAAGACGAACACUCAGCAGGAGUGAAGGACUCUCUGCUGGCGCACUCCUGUGAUCCUGUGGAGAUGAGGAGACUCAACUAUCAAACACAAGGGAUGAGAGAGCAUCCGCCAAUCUCCGUCAGUGAGCUGGCAGACCAUAUUGAGCGUCUGAAGGCAAACGACGGGCUACGCUUCUCACAGGAAUAUGAGUCUAUCGAUCCUGGUCAACAGUUCACCUGGGAACAUUCUAACCUGGAGGUCAAUAAGCCAAAGAACCGCUAUGCAAACGUGAUUGCAUAUGACCACUCCAGAGUCAUUUUAGCCUCUGUUGAUGGUGUACCAGGCAGUGACUACAUUAAUGCAAACUACAUUGACGGCUACCGUAAGCAGAACGCCUAUAUAGCCACACAGGGCCCCUUGCCUGAGACACUUAGUGACUUCUGGAGGAUGGUGUGGGAACAGAGAACGAGCACCAUCGUAAUGAUGACACGCCUAGAGGAGAAAUCCAGAGUAAAGUGUGACCAGUACUGGCCCAGUCGAGGCACAGAGACCUACGGUAUGAUACAGGUCUCCAUGCUGGACACGGUGGAGCUGGCCACGUACAGUGUACGCACAUUCGCUCUGUAUAAGAACGGCUCCAGUGAAAAGCGUGAGGUCAGACAGUUCCAGUUCAUGGCGUGGCCUGACCACGGAGUCCCUGAGUAUCCCACACCUAUCCUGGCCUUCCUUCGCAGGGUCAAAGCCUGCAAUCCACCCGACGCUGGGCCUAUGGUAGUUCACUGCAGUGCUGGCGUGGGUCGAACGGGCUGCUUCAUCGUAAUUGACGCCAUGCUCGAACGCAUGAAGCACGAGAAAUCGGUGGAUAUCUAUGGUCACGUGACCUGCAUGCGAGCCCAGCGUAACUACAUGGUGCAGACUGAGGACCAAUACAUCUUCAUCCACGAGGCUCUGCUAGAGGCAGUGACCUGCGGUAACACAGAGGUCCCCGCCCGCAACCUCUACGCUCACAUCCAGAAACUCAGCCAGGUGCCCCCAGGAGAGACCGUCACCUCCAUGGAACUUGAGUUUAAGAAACUGGCCAACUCCAAAGCACAUACCUCACGAUUCAUCAGUGCCAACCUGCCGUGCAACAAGUUCAAGAACCGACUGGUGAACAUUAUGCCGUUUGAGUCAACCCGCGUGUGCCUGCAGCCAAUCAGAGGAGUGGAGGGGUCGGACUACAUCAACGCCAGCUUCAUUGAUGGAUACAGACAACAGAAAGCCUAUAUGGCUACGCAGGGACCCCUGGUUGAGACCACAGAGGACUUCUGGAGGAUGCUGUGGGAACAUAACUCUACUAUUGUAGUGAUGCUGACCAAACUCAGAGAGAUGGGCCGAGAGAAGUGCCAUCAGUACUGGCCAGCUGAGCGUUCUGCACGUUAUCAGUACUUUGUUGUGGAUCCCAUGGCCGAGUACAACAUGCCUCAGUAUAUUCUCAGAGAAUUCAAAGUCACUGAUGCCAGGGAUGGCCAAUCCAGGACUAUUCGGCAGUUCCAAUUCACUGAUUGGCCAGAGCAAGGGGUGCCAAAGACAGGAGAGGGCUUCAUCGAUUUCAUUGGCCAAGUGCACAAAACCAAGGAACAAUUUGGACAAGACGGACCAAUAACUGUUCACUGCAGUGCUGGUGUGGGUCGGACAGGGGUCUUCAUUACCCUGAGUAUAGUGCUGGAGAGGAUGAGGUAUGAGGGAGUGGUUGAUCUGUUUCAAACUGUCAAGACGCUUCGCACACAGAGACCUGCUAUGGUGCAGACAGAGGACCAGUACCAGUUGUGUUACAGGGCAGCUCUGGAGUACCUGGGCAGCUUUGAUCACUAUGCAACGUAACCAUUACUAGAAAGC